GAAUGACAGCUACAUCAGAGAGAACGGCAUCCGAAUGCUGCCGGAGUAUGCAGAUCCAUAUCACAACAGACCGAUCACUGCCGGUGAAAUUGGGUGUUUCAUGAGCCACUACAACAUCUGGAAGGACAUGAUCGAUAAUCAGCACCGCAUUGCCCUGAUCUUCGAGGAUGACAUCCGGUUCGAGCCGUAUUUCCGGACAAAAAUUGGGGAGCUUCUGACCGAAGUUCGGCACCUCGACUGGGAUCUCAUAUACCUUGGCCGCAAGCGGCUGUCGGGCUCCAAGGAACCUCUAGUUACUGGCUCCUCCCGGCUUGUCCACGUAGACUACUCCUACUGGACGCUGUGCUACGCCCUGACGCUGGCUGGUGCCCGCAAGCUCGUCGAUGCAGAUCCCUUGCCCCGGAUGGUGCCCGUCGACGAGUAUCUCCCCAUCAUGUUCGACAAGCAUCCAGAGAAAGUUUGGGCUGCACACUUUCCCCGGCGGGACCUGAAGGCCUUCUCCGUGCAUCCCCUGUUUGUGCACCCGACUCACUACACUGGCGAAGAGCACUACAUCAGCGACACUGAGGAUUCAGUCGUGGUGGAUACGCUGAACACUACUGACUCCGACCCCACGACUGCAGGCGUUCUGGCUCCAGCCGACGUAGCCAGUGAGCCCGAGGCUAGCAGGGAUGAGCUCUGAGAGAGCGUGCCCGCACCUUCGGUUGCCGUCAAGACUCAGUCCGCGUUCUGCACUGAGACAGUGGUUGACAUCAAAUGGGCAUUAAUCGUAUCACUGUUUUCGUUCUAACGCUUAUGUUUUACCGCGAAGGUGGCGUUUAAUGUUGCGACAGCUUAGCUUCAGCCAUAUGUUUACACCACAGGGGGAGGUCUUCGCUGUGCUGUAUAAGCGCAGGCGGUACGUGGUCAGGAACGAUAAUGUAACGCUACAUUGGCUACGAUCUUGCUGCAAAGAAUAAUUUCAAGGAGCGGUCAUGUCGGUGGUAGACGCUGUGGCACCGUUUGUCUUUACGCAACCACGCGGACAGCGUGAAUGCGGCCGGAUUCACUCGUAACGAGUAGCGCAAGCCGAGUGCAUUGUCGGGAGACUGGUCGUAUUUUUACUGCUUUUCCGCAAUCUGACGCGAGUUGUAGACCGAAUAAGCAAGGGACGUUAAUUUCCGUGUGAGCAUGGCUGACGUGGGUUGUUUUCGAAGGGACGGCCUAUUAUUGAAAGCAGGCGUUGGAUAGAAAACUAAGCUAGCGUCAUGUCGUGAUCGUAUUUUUAUGAGUGAUCGUGCAUAAACCUGAUAUGAGAUAUAAUCACUGCCGUUGAAACUAUAAUGGAAACAUAAGGACAGCUUUCGGCACUGGGAAAAAAACUUUUAUCCGCUAUGUUGCAUUUUAGAAAACAGUAAUAAAGAAAUGCUUCAGAUGAAUAUAAGAAAAAAACUAACGCUUGCCACUAGGAAAAAGUUUAGGUAUGAAACAAUUAACAUGCUCUUUCUCUCAAUGUGAAGUGCCGCAGUAGGACCAAAACAGACGCUUAAACGUUCAGUGUGUUAAAGUCGUUAUUUCGACACAAAUCAUCUUCCGUGAAUCAUUUCUUAUGCAUUUAAUUUUUACUCUAAAAGAAAUGGCAUGCAGUUCGAUUUAGCACGUGGCCAUCGCCUUUUUUUCAGCCUGUUAAUAAAAGUGUCCAAGCAAAGUACA